CGCGUUGCAGGAAGCUAAAGUAGCCUGUGCUAGCUGAGCCGCGCGAAUUCAUAAAGAUUCUUUUUUUUCGCCCCCCCUGCCCCCUCCACACACACCAACGACGACCGGAAAUCUCCGAGCGCCAAAAAGUCCCUCGCAAAUGUUCAUCUUUUAAACGUUGUCAGCUUUUCAGGCGUCGCGUCGGAGCCCAACACGAUGGCGGGCGGUGAUGAAGAGGAAAGCAACUCGCUUGCGUUGACGGAGCGACGAAGAGAAGAGGAAGCGGCUGAUGAUGAUGAAGAUGAAGAAGAUCGGGUAGGAUCUGCUGGGAGUGACGAUGAGGAGGAUGAUGAAGCCAGCGAGGAAGAGGAGGGACAUGACGAAGACGGGGCGGCAAAAGUCCGGCCGGGUGUCUCGACGAAGGAGGAGGACAUCAAAAAAGAGUUGUCGGUCAUGUCGUUCGAGGACAUCCUGCGACUGCAAAGCCGCGUGGGCACCAAGGCGUACAACCGGCUCGCUAACGGCGCCGGGCCGCGCCCACCGAGUGCCGCCCAGCGCAAGCGCCUCAACAAGAACAGGCCCGCCGAGGUCUCCGCCAAGAAACGGGCGCCCUUCCUUCGCCAGGUGGUCGCCGUCAAGAAGGCGACACUGCGAGACCCUCGUUUCGACGACCUGUCGGGGGAGUACAAGGCGGAGAUCUUUGACAAGACCUACAGCUUCAUCCACGACAUCAGACGGCGAGAGAUGCAGGUGAUCCAAAAGCAGCUGAAGAAAACCAAGGACGGUGACAAGAGAGAGCAGCUUAACUUCCUCCUGGGGAAAAUGGCCGAUCGGGAGCGGGAGCGCGGCGGGCGAGAGCGCCGACAGGCGAGCGAGCUUCAGCACAAGAGGGAGCAGAGGGAGCGGGCCAGUCGCGGAGCUCGCCCCUACUUCGUCAACAAAGCCGAGCAGAAGAAGAUGCGCCUGGCGGCGAGCUUCUCGACGCUGAAGACGAGCGGCAAGCUGGAAGCCUUCCUCGGCAAGAAGAGGAAGCGCAACGCCGGCAAGGAUCGCAGGAAGUUGCCGUGGCAACAGCAGCGCCAGGACCAGCCCGCGGGCCCCCCUGGCGGACCAGCGCGUUUGAACGUCCGCAGAUAGUCGACUAUGCGCUGUAUGAGCGAGCUCUAUUUUGUCCUUGAGAAUAAACACAUUUGGAAAGCCCCGC